AUUUCGUUUUACUGUUAGUAUAAUAAUUAUGAGUUCAACUGUUAGAAAGAGAAAGGUACAAGAAACGGAGGAACCAAGUGAGAGCGAACCAAAGAAAAGAGCAACUCGUAAGGCAACCGAACCCAAAGAGAAGAAAGCCAAGGCGACAAAAGAAGCUAAAGCAAAGAAGGAACCCAAAGAAAAGAAAGAAGCUAAGAAAAGAAUAGCUAAAGAUACCCAAAACGAGUUAAAAGAAAAUAAUACAAAACAGACAAAAAGAGUCGCAAAACGCAACCAAAAUGAUCCAGAUGAAAAUCACGAUGAUUUGGUUGACUUUAGGGAUAAAGAAGAUGGAUUGGUUGAUUUUGGGGGCAAGGAAGAAGUUGUUUCCCAAUAUGGGACUUGGGAUGAAGCAGAAAUGUUGGCGUCGACUGAAAAAGUUCCCAAACACUUGGCCUCCAAAUUCAUUGGUCUUCUGUCACAAGGUUGUACGAUACCAUUUAUAGCUAGAUAUCGUAAAGAAGCAGUUGAUCAUUUGACUCCGGAUAGAUUGCAAGACUUGUUUGAGAGUUACCAAAAUGUCCUUUCUUUUAAGAAGAAGGUGAAAUCUGUUUUGGAGACUUUAAGAAAGUCUAAGAAGCUUACGCCUGAUGUGGAACAGAGUAUUAUGAAUGCAAAGAAUCUGUCAGAACUUGACUUAGUAUAUGCACCAUUAAAAUCUCAUUCAACUUCUCUAGCCGAGAGAGCACGCAAUUUAGGUCUUGAGCAGUAUGCUGUCAAUGCAUUGAACAGCAACUUUGUAGACAUAAACAGUCUUUGUGAUGGCAGUGAGGAGCUAGCUACAUUUGAUAAAGUUGAAUCUCAUAUUACUCAUAUAAUAGCAGAUAUCAUUUACAAAGAUUCAAGGGUUCUGGAACAAAUGAGAGCAUUAAAAGAAGAAACAAGAUUUAUUCUACAAAGUAGCAGAACAAAGAGUUCAACUAAAGCUAAAGAAAAACAAGAGGAUGUAAAAUACACCACAAAGUCAGACCCAGAAACCUACAAAGUUUACUUUGAUUGGAAAUGUCCUGUGCAGUUUGUAAAGUGCUAUCAAACGCUAGCUGUGAACAGAGGAGAGGAUGAAAAGAUAUUGUCUGUCAAAGUUGUCGUACCUGAUUGGUUUUAUAAUAAGUUAGAAAGGUUCUGCACAACAUUAUGGAAAAGUGCUCAUUGGGUUCAUAAAGGCCUAACAGAUGCGUACAACAGGCUUAUUAAGCCGUGGCUGUCCAGGCAAGUGAGAUCAGACCUAACCCAUGCUGCACAGAAAGAAGCUGUCAAAACAUUCAUAGCUAAUUUAGAGAAAUACUUACUCACUGAACCUAUAAAGAAUAGAAAAAUUGCUGGCCUCGACCCAGGGUUCAAAGCUGGAUGCAAGGUUGGUAUAAUAAAUGAAAAUGGUGAAAAAUUGGAAGCCACUACAAUAUAUCCUAAACUAAAUAAUAGUAACAUACAUGAUAUAGCUGCAAAACAGUUGAAGGAUCUCUUGCAAAGAAAUAAUGUAGAACUGAUUGGUCUGGGCAAUGGUACAGCUUGUAGAGAGACGGAAACUUGGCUGAAGAGUCAUGGCAUAUCCAGUGCUAUACCAGUCAUCAUUGUACCAGAGCAGGGCGCUUCUAUAUACUCCGUCAGCAAAGAGGCUCAGAAGGAACAUCCAAACAUGGAUCCAAAUCUGAUAUCAGCAUUGUCAAUAGCCAGGCGAGUUUUGGAUCCACUUGGGGAGUUAAUCAAGGUGGAGCCGAAAAACUUGGGUGUGGGUUUGUACCAACACGACAUUCCGGCCAAAAUGCUGGAGACGGCUCUAGACAGUGCGGUGGAGAAAGUCGUCAGUUUGGUCGGAGUUGACGUCAAUACUGCAUCACAGGCUAUGUUGAGGCGGAUAUCCGGUCUAAACGAGAGCCGAGCUACAAAGAUCAUCGCCUACCGCCAACAGCAUAGAUUCACGAGCCGCGCGGAGCUACUCAAAGUGGGAGGCAUAGGGAAGGUGACGUACCAGCAAUGUGCCGGGUUCCUGAGGGUGGAGGGGCCGGAGUUGUUGGACAGGACUGUGGUCCAUCCGGAGAGCUAUGCGGUGGCUAGAGCUUUUGCUAAGAAGAUUGACGUCAACAUCAAAGAGCUAACACAACCGCAUUUUCCGCCUCUGGUGGAAUUAAGAACGAGAAACUUAAACUUGAAGAGUGUCAGUAAAGAUCUAGACACAGACGUGUGUACUCUGGAGCUCAUAGUCAAUGCCUUCAAACAGCAGAGAGAAGAUAAACUUAUCACCUUCUGCCGUCCCGUCUACUCUGUGGCGGUGCAGGCUACUGAUCAGUUGAAAGAAGGAAUGUCUUUGACUGGUGUGGUCCGCAACGUAGUUCCAUUCGGUUGCUUUGUGGACUGCGGCGUGGGCGACAACGGGCUCAUACACCGCUCCCAACUUAACAGCUACUCGCCGAAGCUGGGGGACAGAGUUGCCGUGACCGUGCUCGCCUCACCCAAACCCAAGAAGAUACAGCUCAGAUUGGACGCCAUAUUGGACUAAGAAUCUCUUGGGCAUAAUGGAUAAGUGUUAUGGCUACCAUAAUUGCGAUGCCUUAAUAUAGCUACUGUCCCAAGCUCGGGGAUCGAGUUGCCGUCACCGUGCUAGCCUCACCGAAACCCAAGAAGAUACAACUCAGAUUCGACGCUAUAUUGGACUUAAGGAUGAGGUACUACCGUACUACCGGGGAAAUAGAUUUAUAGGCAAAUGGCGGAUUAAUUGUACUUGACUGAUGAAUAAAUUUUGUUAACGUUUAACUGCGUUGUUUGUCCCCUUUUGCUCUGCUCGAUAAAGUAAAACAAUAGCACUUCAA